AAGCAACAGCUGUUUUCUAUGCUUUGGCAGCAUUGUUGUGUUCAUGUAACCAAAAAAUUUAAUUGCCUCCUUUUCGUACGGGAAUAAUUAAUUUAUUUGGGCGCCAAUAGAUAGCCGAAAUGCGGGUGCCUUCUGCUGUUUUCGCGUAUAAGAAUCGAGAUGCUCGUGCACCGCAGAAAGAACAUAAUGUGCCCUUUCAGGAAAUACUACCACUUCGUUUAAAAAACAGAGUAAGCGGCAAGUUGGACUCUACAUCUGAUGUAGCAUGCUUGCAGGAAAUGGGUGUCCUUUUUGCCUGCCUCAAGGACAACGACUUUGUUGAGAAGUACUGCAAUAGGGAAAUACAACAAUUCCAAAAGUGUUAUAAAAUGUAUGCGGACAAAAAGUUUGAAGCCAAGAAAACAGUCAACCAAGGUAUUAUAACUCCAGGCAAAAACCUCAACUAUAAACAACUGAACAAGUACAUGCGACGCUUUCCUAAUCCCGAGUAGUAUUAGUACCAUGCUAAUUUAAUAAUCAAAAAUAAAGGACUUCAACACGCUACAAAAAAAAAAA